CAGAGGUGCCGGUUAGAGAGGGAGAUUGGCUUUGCUUCCACUACUGUCCAGAGCCCGCGGCAGGGGCGGUCUCUGAGUUGUCGGUGCCCGGAGAUUGGGGUGGGGAUCAGGCAGGAGUUGGAAAGAAGGCGCCAUGGACGACCAGGGCUGCCCUCGGUGUAAGACCACCAAAUACAGGAACCCUUCUCUGAAGCUGAUGGUGAAUGUGUGCGGCCACACGCUGUGUGAAAGUUGUGUGGAAUUACUCUUUGUGAGAGGAGCUGGAAAUUGUCCCGAAUGUGGCACCCCUCUGCGAAAGAGUAACUUCAGAGUACAGCUAUUUGAAGACCCUAUUGUUGACAAGGAAGUUGAGAUUCGGAAAAAAGUGCUAAAGAUAUAUAACAAAAGAGAAGAAGACUUUCCUAGUCUAAGGGAAUAUAAUGAUUUCCUGGAAGAAGUCGAAGAAAUUGUUUUUAACUUGACCAAUAAUGUGGAUUUGGACAAUACCAAAAAGAAAAUGGAGCUGUACCAAAAGGAAAACAAAGAUGUCAUUCAGAAAAACAAGCUAAAACUGACCCGGGAACAGGAGGAGUUGGAAGAAGCUUUAGAAGUGGAACGACAAGAAAAUGAACAAAGACGACUCUUUAUCCAAAAGGAGGAGCAACUGCAGCAGAUUCUGAAAAGGAAGAAUAAACAGGCCCUCUUAGAUGAGCUGGAGAGUUCUGAUCUGCCUGCUGCUCUGCUCUUAGCCCAGCAUAAAGAUAGAUCGACACAGCUGGAAAUGCAGCUAGAGAAAACUAAACCAGUAAAACCAGUGACUUUCUCCACAGGCAUCAAAAUGGGCCAGCAUAUUUCAUUAGCCCCUAUUCAAAAGCUUGAAGAAACUCUAUAUGAAUACCAACCAUUACAGAUUGAGACAUGUGGGCCCCAAGUUCCUCCCCUGGAGAUGCUAGGAAGGCUUGGAUAUCUAAAUCAUGUCCGAGCUGCUUCACCACAGGAUCUUGCUGGAGGCUACACUUCUUCUCUGGCGUGCCACCGAGCCUUACAAGAUGCUUUCAGUGGACUUUUCUGGCCAUACAGUUAACCUGCAAUUACUUACCAGUUUGGGAGGCUUAGAAAUUGGAGUGGAACCAGAAGCAAGCCCAAAUAAAACAAAGAUGAAAUGGCCAAAUGACCACCACACUCAGUACAACUCAAUCUGAGUGUGGCCGCUCAGGGUAGCUAUAUGAAUUAAAGUCAGGACACGGUGUCAUGUAAUUGGAAGAUGCAUUUUUGUGGAAGAAAAUUCAUUUUUACUUGUGUUUUCUGGAGAGGAAUUGAAACAAUAAGCCAUAUCUAAUAGAAGAUAUGAAUAAUUCAGCCAUGUAUACUUGAGGUUUAAAGAGAGACUUGUAAAUUUUUAAAAAUAAAGCUAGACUUUAUAUUGUUUUAUGGUUUUAUUCUUAUUAGUGUUUUAUUUGAAAAUGUAUUUAAAUACCAUUUUGAUUAUAACAUUAAGUCAAUAUUCAAGUUUAUUCUUUCGCCUCAUAAAAAUUUUUUCCUUCAGUGUCUUCUCAAUACUAGUCCAGACAAGCGAGUUUAUUUCCUUCUACCAGCAGGAUGUGGCAAGUAAAAUCUGAGCUGUGAUAAUGUUACUUUUUCUAAAUUAAAGCU